CAAGAAAACAACGUGCCUUCAUAACAGCGAAAUAGCCAAUCUUAAUUUGAGUUUAAAUAGAAAGUUCUCGUCUUUCAAGUAGGCAGCACUCAGAAAGAUCUCCAUCACUUUGAGUAUCGUUUCCUUCUUGCCUCGGAAAUCGUGACCAUUGUUUGGGCUCAUCAUCUACCCUAAAUUUGGUUAUGGAGCGGUGGAGUGGAGUUUUGAGGGUCCCAUUACACGCUAAUAGCAGAGCUUGUUAUCAGGUUGCUGCAUCUCUUUGCCUUUCACCAACUAUAUAUAUAUAUAUUAUAUUGUAUAAUGUGCCUUCUGCAAAUGCCAUCUUUUUCAGUGGGGAUAGAGUUGCUGGGACUGGGAAUCCAGUGAUCGAGAGGCUAUCUGACUUACAAAACAUUGCUCAAAUUCUGGUUUCGAAAAUUGGUGGUUCUGUCAAUGCUUGGGUUGUUGAGGCUUCUGUGUUUAAUGGACCUUUUGCCGUAUACAAGGACUUCAUACCAUCGGUGAAUCAUUGGGGAGAGCCAAAAUCAUAUAACCCAACUGGAUUCCCUGCUUCUGGAUCAGUCGUCUCACUCUUGUCAGAUUGCCUUAAAGAGGUAAGUAGUGUCCUUUCACAGAGACACAAAGAAUCAAGCCAAGUCAGCAUUUCUGAGAGGCAAUUGAAUCAGCCAAAAACAUUCAUCUUCGGAUUCAGCAAGGGUGGAACUGUCGUUAACCAGCUGGUUACAGAGCUCGGCUUCUUAGACUUGAGAACUUCUGAAGAUCCACCACAGUUGGAAGAACAUCCCCGGAUCAUACCAAGGACAAAAGAGAGCCUCUUAAACAGCAUUGUGGAGAUACACUAUGUGGAUGUUGGACUGAAUUCUAUUGGUGCAUACAUUACCGACGGCGAUGUGGUUGAGAGAAUCUCCAGACGCCUCGCGCAAGGAGAAGGAGAUGGAAGAAUCCGUUUUGUACUUCAUGGAACUCCCAGGCAGUGGGGUGACAACAGAAGAUCUUGGAUACGCAACGAAAAAGACGAGUUGCUUCGUCUACUUCAGUCUGGAACGCAGAGGAGUGGGGGGAAAUUGCAGGUUUCAGAGAGAGAUUAUUUCGUUGAUGAUAGGCCACCUAAUUUGCAGAUGCAUUUUGAAAUAAUUGAAAAGUUGGAUGUAAGUUAA